CAAGGAUGAAGGAACUAUUUAGUUUUCACUUUUAUUUUCUAUUAAACCAAAGAUAGCAUUAAGCUCCAUGGUGAUAGGAAGCAGUGUUCGAAAAAACCAGAAGGGAUUAAUCGAUUCCUUCUUCGGUUUCUCCGUCUCCCUUGUAGUCAAAUGGUGAUCCAACCUCCUCCAUGACUGGAAGCUCGCUCUAUCUACUUUCUUCUUUCCCAUCUUCUUCGUAUGAUCCGCAAUGGCAACCCUUCGACCCUCUGCGUCCCAAGUCUCCUUGUCCUCUGCACCUUUGCAUCCACUAAAGAAUUCCUCCCUCGAUCUUCCUGGAACUUGUCCAGGGGCUAUCAGAAUCUAUGGAUCCCGAGAGAAAUCGGGGAAAUUUGAGGACACCCAGCUGAGAUUAUUCACUACAAACAAAAAUUAUCCAUCUCUGAGAGUAGACGCUUCAAGGGAGUAUAUGGGACUGACCCAAGAAAUUACAGACAACAGAAAAUUGUGUGCAAAUGAAAUGGAGCAUGGACUAGAUCUUUUUGGGAAGAUGAAAAGUAGGUUUUUGAGUUUCAAAAGGCACAAAUAUCUGGAGGACUUGGAACAUUUUGAGAAACUUGCAAAGGCUCAAGCACCAAAGUUUAUGGUAAUUGCUUGUGCAGACUCUAGAGUAUGCCCUUCUAACAUUCUGGGUUUUCAACCUGGAGAAGCCUUUAUGAUACGUAAUGUGGCAAAUCUGGUGCCCCCUUUUGAGAGACCUUCAGAAACUAAUGCUGCACUUGAAUUUGCUGUAAAUACUCUUAAAGUUGAGAAUAUAUUUGUCAUUGGCCACAGCUGUUGUGGAGGUAUUCAAGCCCUUAUGAGUAUGCCAGAUAAAGUAGAUUCAAGUAGCUUUAUUAGAAAUUGGGUUGUUGCUGCGAAGAAUGCAAGGUUAAGUACAAAAGCUGUUGCUGCCAACCUCAACUUUGAUCAGCAAUGCAGACACUGUGAGAAGGAAUCAAUUAACCGCUCAUUACUGAACCUGCUAACAUACCCAUGGAUUGAAAAAAGAGUUAGUAAAGGAGUGCUCUCCAUUCAUGGUGGCUAUUAUGACUUCACCAAGUGUACAUUCGAGAAAUGGACACUCGAUUACAACAAAAGUACUGUAGAUAAGGAAGCUGGACGAUUCUCCAUCAAAGAUCAAACAUUUUGGUGCUGAUUAUGACUGUUGCAUAUCCAUGAAUUUUGCUCCGCAGCUUCAAGGUUACCUAUUUGGAUUUCAUUUUGCACUGUAUCUUUUCCUUUUUAUCCUUUAUACGUACCUUGUUGCAUUUGUGUGUACUGUGUAGUAGUAAUGAAAAGCAUAUACUUGUGUCAGUGUGUGAUGGGAUUUUGCCCCAGAUUGUAUUGAAUUAAGGAUUGCAAUUAA